UGUUCUUUUCUUAUCUUCUUCACAGGAAUCUAACAUUCUGAAACUGAAAUUAGUUGAGGACGAAAAGCGAAAGAUUAGGGAUGAAUAUAAGCACAAAGAAAAGCAGGUGGAAGUUUGUAAAAGAAUUGAAUACUCGAGGCUGAUAAAUGAAUCUCGUAUUAAAGUUCUUCGAGCACAUGAUGAUCUUGUGAAUGCCAUGAAGGAGUCUGCCAGCAAACAGCUUCUCAAGGAAUUGAUUGUUCAAUGUCUGUUACGACUGAAAGAGCCAUUAGUAUUGUUGACGUGCAGAGAGGUUGAUCGCAAGCUCGUCGAAUCUGUCUUAGAUGAAGCAAAGCAAGAGUAUGUAGAGAAAGCCAAGGUUCAUCUCCCAAAAGUGACAAUUGAUGAUCAUGUAUAUCUUCCACCACCUCCUGUUGAUGUGAAUUCACAUAAUCCAUUCUGCUCUGGAGCAGUAGUGUUGGCUUCACAAGAUGGGAAGAUAGUUACAGUGAACAUAUUGGAUGCAAGAUUGGAACUAGCUUUCAUUAAGAAACUGCCUGAGAUACGGAAGCGGCUCAUUGGAGAGGUUGGUGGAUGAUUCCAUCGAUCAGAUCCCCCCGAGCAAUAACAAACUUCAUCUCUUCAAGCAUCACCUUCUUCCUUGACAGUAACAGUCCAGGAGAGAGUCCAUGGAUUCUAUGGAAACAUGAG